AUGUCCACAAUUAACAAAUUCACCAUCGUCAUCAUCUUCUUCCUCCUCCUCCUCUUCCUCUUCAUCAUCAUACUCAUCAUCAUCGUCAUCUUUGGCAAAUACAACAGAAACAUCCAAACAAGCAACCAUCAUCAUCGACAUCAUACUCGAGACAGCGUUGAUCCGACGACAUCGGCUGCAACAUCGGCAGCCAGCAACAACAUCAUUUACAUCACCAGUGCCAAGUUUGGUCGCAUGCAGGGCAGCAGUAGGUGUGUGAGGCAGAAUUUUGGUCAUCUCGGCUGCUGGACAGACGUCUCCACGUUCGUAAGAAGCAAGUGCCACUUGAGACAAAUGUGUCAGUUCAAGGUCGUUGGUGGUGACGUCAUGAUCGGUGGUCUUAAUAGUGACGAUAAUACUGAUGACGAUGAAGAUGAACAAGAUGAUGAUGAUGAUGAAAUGGAGGGUGAUGAUGAUGAUGAUGAUCAGCAGCAGCAGCAGCAGCAUUAUCAAGAAGGAAAUAGUGAUCCUACUGAUAAGAGUGCAAAAAAGAGAUCGUCUCUAACACGUGACGUUGAUGAACCAGUUGUUGUUGCAACUGUGCUCGCGAGAAAAAAUAAUGAUGAUGAUGACGACGACGACGACGAUGACGAGGAGGAGAAUGAUAAUGAUGGUGAUGAUGAUGACGAUAUUGGCAACUAUAGCGAGAGUGACUACAACAACAACAACAACUAUGACGAUGACGACGCUGGUGACGUUGAUGAUGACGUUGAUAUCGGCGUCCAGCCCUGCCCUCUCGAUUUGAAAUCCUAUCUAUCCGUUACGUACGUAUGCAUGAAAAGCGUUAAUAUAGCUCAGUUUGCAUGCUGGAACAUCUCAGAAAGAAGAGAAGCUAACGAGCUAACAAACGAGCCAAUAACGGCAGAUAAACUAUCAGUAAAGUCAUUCCACUUACAACAAAUCCUACCAGAGCAACCAGCAAAGCAACAGCAACCAACAGAGCAACAACAUCAGCAACAGACGCUGCAAAUUAAGCAGCAGAAUUAUGAUACAAGUCUACAGCAAUAUCAACAAUUUCACAUGAUACAACAAGGAAUGAACAAAACACAAAAUUCAGCAUCAUCACAAUCUCCUUUAUCGCCGUCAGCAUCAUCACUUUUUUCUCCUUUGAUAUCAUCAUCGUCAUCUUCACCGGCAACAAAAACGCCAUCAUCAACAACAUCAACAACAGCAACAUCAACAAAAGCAACAACAUCAAAAACAAAGGCGAGCCACGUUCAUUUAGAAGAUGGACAUGGCAUUGUUUUCAUCUCGACGUCGUCACGAUCAUCUUGCAUGCAAAGAUACAGUGACGUAUUCAGUGACGUCACUAAUAACAAUAACAAAAAUAAGAGUAAUAACAGUAAAUUAAAUUUAAAUUAUAUUAACGGUCGUAACAUUACUAAAACGUUCAGUCAAAGUAUCAACAUUAAUAGCAUCAACAACAUCAACAAAAACAUCAACAACGUAAACAAAAUUGACGAUGACAUUAAAAAAAUUAGCAACAUUAACAACAACAAAGCCAGCAGCAUCAUCAUCAACAACAAUAACAACAACAACAACAUAGUCAAAAUGUCCUCCAGAAAAAUCUUUCUACAUUUACAUGGAAAGCCAGAUGAACGUUUUUUGCUAAUGAUGUUGAUAGACUCAGACAGCAACUACAUUAACAACAACAACAACAAUAAUAAUAAAAAUAAAACUACUACUACUACCACAAAUAAUAAUAAUAGAAUUAAUAAUAAUAGUGGUAUCAGUUAUGGCUACAGUGAUGUCGAAAGUUACAACAAGCGAAACAUCUCAAAAAUAAACUCCCUUUUAAAAAAUAAGAAUCUAAUGAAUGAACACUGCCAGACACUAGCUCACAUUUACGAUAACAAUUACGACAUUUUUGUCAAUAACCGCAACAACAGCAGCAGCAGCAGCAGCAACAACAACAACAACAACAACAACAACACUAAUAACUAUAAUACAAUCAGUAACGUCAUUAAUAAUAAUAAUAUAAAUAAUAAGAGAAAUUUUCCUGCUAAAUUUGAUGGCAAUGAAAAUGAUGUCAUCAUUGGUGAGAACGAUGAUGAAAUUUAUGAUAAUGACGUCAGUGAUGAUGACUACAGAUACAGAUACGAUGAUGGUGACAACGAAGAGGGUGAGGAUGAGAAUGAAGAUGAUGACGUGAAUAUAGAUGGCGGUAAUGAAAGGGAGCCCACAGCAUUCAAUUUUGCAGAUGUCUACACUAAAAUGACACUGGAGCGAUGCACUGCUGAUAGGAGGCACAAGAAAAAUUUUUUUUACAGACUUCAACGUCAACAUGAACGCAGUAUUCGAACCCAGCUAUCACGUAAUAACAGCGCGAGACGUGGCACUUCUACCGACUGA